AGUGUCAGAGUACCGAUCCAGUGUAUGAUUGAAGUGUUCCCUUAAUUUUUUUGAGCAGUACAGUAUACUUUGUUCAGUAUCCAGUAAGAGUUUUUCCAACACUGAUGUAGUAGAUGUACACACACAGAGCGAACACAGUUGUUUUAAAAGCAUAUAACUGUUAAGGUUGCAAAGGUGUGAUGAUGUAAGCUUCAUGUAAACGGAAGUGGUGAAAUUAACCUUUUGAAAGCCAACACAAACUGCAUCUAAAAACAUUUUUUCCCCUCAUAGGUGAAAGUAUGUGGGUGACGCCUGUAAUUCUAAUCUGUUUGAUAUGCCUUCCUAGUAAGACCCAUCUUCUACUUUGAAUGCAACAAAUACCAUGCAACAGCCAUACUAUGCAUUUAAUACAACAAAUACCAUUCAAAUACCCAGCUCUUGAAAUAUGUGUAGCAUCUUAAGAGAAAUUAUUAAAUUAUUGUGGGUUUCACUGCUAUUGUGCAUUUGCUACAAUGUUGUAAAAACUGGACACAAUUGUAAGCAGUGACAGAAAAUGAUAAAACAUUUCUAAUAUGGUUUAUAAUCUUUACUUAUGAUACAUCUUGUUUUAUAUCCCCAGGAGUCUUCUGUAUAGAAAAUAAAGGCAAGUUAUUCAUCACAGCCUUCCCUGAAAAUGUAGCUUUCUACGAUCCAGUGCCUCACGAGCACAUUCUCUUGCUGACGGCUGUCACUGACAACACUCAUGUAUCCAUUUGUGUUGCAUCGGUGGAGAAAUUGUCAAAGACUUUGCAAGCUGCAGCCACAGAGAUGGUGACCCUGGAGACACCUGUUGAACUUGACAGAUCCCAGUUCUCCCAGAAUUCAGUGGUCAUUAGAAGCACAAAAGACAUAACUGUUCUGGCUAAAAGUAAACGUAAUGACAUAGAGCAAUUACUAGUGCUCCAACCUGUAAACAGUCUAGGGUCAUUGUACUACAUUCCCACUCUAGGCCUAGGUGAGGGAAGUCAGAAUCUGCUGGGAUAUAAAGAUUUCUAUGGUGCAAGGGGGAAAAUAGUCAUAAUCAACUCAGAGAAGAAGAACACUGUCAAAGUCAAUUUCAAUGGGGAAAAUUCAAAGCAGGAGCUCGAGCCAUUUUGGGUUUUCCAGGUGAAUGUCUCUGACUCUCUGCCUGUCAACAUCACUGCGCAGCAUGACAUAGUGGUGCUGUUGACCCAUCCCUGCUCAAACACAACAAUCUGCCAAUGCCAGAUGGUGGUGACCCAGAUACGACCUACGAACACCUGGGGGACAACCUUUGUUGUCCCCAGUGCAUUUAAUAACACAGCUGACAGCACACCACAUCUAAUUGUCACAUCUGAUCAGGGUGUCACUUUUAAUAGUACACUUCAGAUUGGUACUGGUACCAACUCUCCAUAUUCUGUCUCCCAUUUAGUUUAUGAUCUGAAAACCCAAUACCUCAAUUCUUCUAAACACUUCUCUGUCACACUCAUCCAACCAGGGCACAUCUCAGAGCUUACACCAGUAUCAAGCUUUUCAGCUUGCUACCUUUUACCUGAAAAAACCUCCAUCAGUAAGGCAUUAGUGAUAGCCCCAACCUUAAACGUGAGUCAGGUGUAUGUUGGGAAAGACCAGAUUAGCUCAGAAGUGGAGUGGAAGACAGUAGAUUCACAACCCUACUCCUGGGCAAUGAUUGACUUACCCAGUGGUGAGCAUCGGGUAAUCUGGCAUCCCUCUACCAAGAUUGGAGUCUAUGUCAAAGAUGGAGAAAACUGGAGUGAAGCAAUCAGCAUAACCACAGAACCAGCCCUACAGGGUUGUUUGUUGGAUCGAGCAAGGUACAGCGUGAUGGAUCAGUCAGGGACCUGGGCUGAGAUGGUCGGCCAUUGCCAGCAAGAGAAUGGUGAGCUACUGAGCAUUAACAACGAAGGCAUCCUGCGAGAGCUGUCCCAAAGCCUGAGCAACCCAAGCAAACAGGAGGAGGUCUGGGUGGGCCUUCGCCGCCGCCUGCUCAACGGAGAGUGGUACUGGUUGAAUAAGCAGCCCAUGAACAUCACCAAGUGGUUCCAGGGGCAGCCAGGCAGCUCCGAGGACAAAUUCUGCGCAUCAAUGUCCCUGAGCUCUGACAACAAUGAGAAUUUCCGCUGGACGAGCCGCAGCUGCUGCCACGUCCUGAAGCCUGUCUGUUACAAACACAACGUCUACUUCCCUUUGGCAGCACCCACACAGGGAAGUAUCUGAGGGAAAACUCCAGUCAUACCCUACUGUUAAAGUGAAGGUUGACUGUUGACUAGGCAAAGGCUACACAUCAGUCUUUCUACUCAAGGCCCUUAAUACUCUGUGUUGUUAUAGUGUAGUUAUCGACUUAAUAUCUUGAAAGUAGUAAAGUUAAAGAUGACAGUAAGAGUAAAUCAGUAUAAAAGCAUUAGUGUUAUGUUGAAAGUAGUAAAAGCACAGGAGGCUGUCGUAUAACUAUAACCCCUUUAUAUAUUAUUCAACUCCACAUCCAAACUCAUACAUCUUC